AUGUCUUUGGAGUACGAUUUCGGGAAACUCUACCUCAUUAGCCCGGGGCCAAGAGCAGAGCGGACUCUCGACUUGGUCAAGGACAUGGGAUGGGACGCUCACAAAGUUACGGCAUACAGGUCUGAAGGCGCUGACAAAAGGAUCUUCACAGCGACUGGCAAGCCGAUGCUACGCGUACACCUGAAUAGCGGUUUGACGUAUUUGACCACCGCUUCCCGUUGGCUUGAGCGGCUCGAUCUGAAGGAUUCUGUGAAAUCUGCGACGACAUCAGGCGUGAUCUAG